AUGGUUCUACUUUUGUCAUUGAUCGCACCGGAGGCGCACCUACGGUUUCUGGAGAAGAAGAACUGUAAAUUGUAUUUGAGGCCGGUGGAGAUGGCCGCGCCCGUGGAUGAAAUCCUAAAGACGGUUGAGGAUGUGGUAAUAAUCACGGUUCCUAGUUCUGAGGAGUUCCUGAGAGAUGAGGAGGCCGUGCCCGUGGUUUAUGGGAAGACAUGGGGGGAAGGAAAGGAUGAUCCGUGGCUGGUGUAUCAUACUUCCGGCACCACAGGGAACCUAAAGGCAGUUACCUAUACGCAUCGGAUGUGUGCCGGUUUCGAAGUCGCGGCCACUCUACCGGAUGUUGAGGAAAAUUAUCUUCAUCAAUACGCUCAACGCAGAUGCCUCGCCAUGACCGGCUUCGUGCACAUGACAUCCGUUUUUGGGCCCCCAUCAUCUCCGUCUCCCGAGCUGCUGGUCGAAAUCUUCCGUCACGGCAAGAUCGAUGGCGCCCAGUUGCUCCCCUCUCUCAUCGACGCACUCUGGCUCUCGCCCAAAGGUCGCCAGGCUCUCUGUCAGCUCAAGUACGUCCACUAUGCCGGGGCCCCUCUCUCCCGCAAAUCGGAGGACUUCCUGGCCCAGCAUACGCACCUGGUCCCUUGCAUCGGCAGCACCGAAUCAGGCGGCUACUUCACCGUCCUCCACGACAAGAAGGACGCCUAG